GAGAAGAGGAGGCAGAGAAUGAAGGAGGAAUCAGAGCGCUAUGAGUCUGUGGUGAAGAAGACCUUGGAGAAGAGCCAGAGGAUUAAGCAGAGAAUCAGACAGGGCUCUCGAGGAAGGAAGACCGACAACAAGAGCGCUCCUCGCCGCUCCCCCCUGACUGCCUGGGAGAGGGCUCUGGUCAGUCGCCUCCUCACCCCUACCUGCUCCUACCUAGCCAGGAGCAGGUGCAGGAGUCAUAAUUGUCAGUCAAGAGAAGAAGAAGUUGUCCAUAUUUGUCCCCGUUCAGUUUCAUGCCACUCCAUGCCUGCCACUGCCACCAACUCUCACAAAUCACCACGCCGCUCUGGCACAACUGACCACCACCUGGUGCAGGCAGACCUACGGACAGACUACCGGGCUGACUACCGGUCUAUCAUCCAGGCAAACUACCAGGUAGCCACCUCCCCCAGUCCCAGCCGUACAAGCCAUAGAUCCAUCAAUGCGGCACAGUUAAAAGCAGCACAGCAGGAGGAAAAUGAGAGGACGGCCAGGAGGAAUACUCAGCAGCCUCACAUACCCAAUGUUCCCUUGAAAGCAUUACCCACAAACCCACUACCCAACGCUGGCGUGAAAGCGUUACCCACAAACCCACAGUGCAGAGCAGCAGUGCCCUCCCCAGAACGCAAACCUGUGAUCAGACAGCCCCUAUCACAGCAGUUAGAGCUGGAACUGGACCCUGUACCAGAGGAGGACACUGUUCCAGUCCCCAACCCUACCCUGUCCCCUGGGAACUCACGGCCCAUCAGGACCCCAGCUGCAGCGUGGGACCAGGUCCAACCAUUCCUACACUCCCCAGAACCUCAGACUCAGAGAGAAACCACACUUAGUACUGAAGGCAGUGCAGGUGAGGGUGAGCAUCUAAAAGUGAAAGCCCUCCCUCCUGGAGCCACUCCCAGCCCAAGGCCCUCUGCUGGCACCAUGGACCCAGAGGAGGCCUCGCGUCUCCUGGCCGAGAAGAGGAGAGAGGCCCGCCUGAAGAGAGAGAGAGAGGAGGAGGAAAGCCUGCGCAAGGAGGAGUUAGAGAGGCGAGGCAGAGAGGAGCUGGAGCGCAGCAGGGUAGAGCAGCGAGCACGGCUAGAGGCUGAGGCCAAGUGGCUGGUAGAGGAGAGGAAGAGGAGGGAGGAAGAGGAGCAGAAACAUGCAGAGGAGGAGAGAGCCAGUGCAGAAGAAGAGAAAGCCCUCAGAGCCAUGCAGGAAGCUGCUCUCCUCCAGAAACAGAGAGAGGAGGAGGAGGCCCAGGCCAGGGAGAAGGCAGAGCAGCAGAGGCUGGAGAGAGACAAACACUUCCAGGAGGAGGAGGAACAACGACAGGAGAGAAAAAAGCGACUGGAGUUGAUCAUGAGGAGGACUAGGAAAGAAAAGCCUAUCCUGAAUGGGAACUCAAACGGUAACUCCUCCUCUCCAGAGGAAGCCCAACCAAAAGAGAACACUGAGCCUGUUAAGAAUAGCAAAGGCACUUUAGAAGAGAUCAUCAACCUAGGGGUCGUUGUCGGGACAGGGACCAAGCCAUCCAAGCUAGGUCUGAGUGACACGGAAGACAUGGUUCCUGUUGUGGCCUUCAAAGAACGCAGGUCCCUGAGAACUCUGACGGGCAUGGAGGAGAUCCAGUCCCAUCAGCGAGCAGAGGUUAUCUGAGUGUCGUACAGAUCAGAGAGGGAAGACAAACCCAUCCAAGAAUCUUUCCACAGCUGUGGUGGUUUUUCCUUUCCAUCAACAAAGAAAAGAAUAACUGCAGCCUUUUUCCUGCCCUGCACUUUGAGAGAGCGCAUGUGAUGUGAAACCAACACACACUCCUUUUCCCUGGAAGACUUUCCUAUCUCGGAGUCGAUCACCACCAUUUGGUCACGUUUCUCUUUAAUCCAAAGUGGCACGAGCUGCAUGUGGUAUCACUAUCUACAACACGAGACAUGGGAGCUUGUUUGUUCAGUGUUUCUGCAAUGACUGUCUUAUCUAGUCUAAAUGAGAGCUCAGGCCGCAUCGCUGUAGAUUUAAACUGUGAUAAAAAAUGAGUUCGCUUCGGUGGGAGUCGGCAAUCGAUUGUGAAAUGAUGUAUUCUCUCCCUGUUUCACAAAUCAUGACUGAUGUUUUUAGUCAUGUGCUUUAGCUUAUUCCCUAAGCGUUGACUAACUGUGCUGCUAUUUGAGCACUUUGCCUUGCAGAUAGUAGGAUAGUUUGUGUGUUGUGUACUAGUCUCAGAAUAAAAGCUUUAGUUUGGAGUUCAAAUAAAGACCACUUUGUCUGA